AUGAACUCCAACGGCCCCAGAACACCGCGGAUACGACAAUAUCGGUCAAGAAGACAGAGGCCGUGUGAUAAUUGUCGUCGUCGCAGAGUAUGCUGUCUGCGCAAUGAGAAUGAGCCGUGUUCUCUAUGCCAGAGCCGUGGCCUGGAUUGCACAUUUCUAUCUUUACCAAAUCCCAAGAUUCGUGGAUCAUCAUCAACAUCAGUUGCAGCUGCGAGGAAGCAAGCUAGCAGUGACAGUGGCCUUGUCCAUGCCAAUGGCACACCGUCGAGACCAUCUCCAACACAGAUCCAACCUGAAGAAUGCCCGUCCAUGGUUGAGAAGGAAGUGCCUGUGGAGAAAUCGAAACAAGACGAAAAUCCCGCGAUUAGUCCCGCGGAGACUCUGCAGUUCGUAGGCCUGAGUGGGGAUCAGGAUCCCUUCAUCCUGCAAUAUUGCCGGACAAAGCGUAUUCGAGAUGUCGACGGCAUCCAAUGGACGUGUCAUCGCUUCGGUAAUGACCCCCGAUUCCCAGCGAGCUUCACAGCCGUGCCCGAUCAGCAUCUCGAUGCGCAUCCCAGUUAUUACCCUCUGGCUCGUAGACUCGAGAUCGCGUCCCCCCACACCGAUCAAUUAGUCAGAAGCUUCUUCGAAGUGGUUCAUCCCUCCGUACCAAUCCUCGAUCCGCAGUCAUUUAGCCCAUCGACGGCUUUUUUGCCGCUGCUGGCUGCCGUCUUUGCUCUCGCCCACCCAUACUGCCAUGGCGCCCAAGCGAUCAACCCUUGGCUGUUCAUGGAUUUCAACAGCCAGGCAUUACCAAUCGAAGCUCGCAAUGCGAAGCUUGAGACCGUCGAGGCAGCGCUACUGCACGCACAGCGCCAUACGUACAUCUUUCGAGCCCCGACCAUGCCAGGACUGUGGGCUGAAGUCGGCACAAUCGUCGGUAUGAGCCAGGAUGUCGGCCUGAAUAUCGACGCCUCGGACUGGGACAUUCCUGAGGGCGAGAAGAAGAGGAGAAAGCGGCUGUGGUGGGCCGUGUAUAUGCAAGAUAAAUGGGCAGCUCUGACCCUGGGUCGACCUUCGUACAUCCACGAUGACCAGUAUGACGUGGAAGAUCUUGAGGUUGCUGAUGUGAUCCCCGACCAGAACGUCAGUGAAGACCUCCGAGAUCUUCCAGCCAGGGUGUUCGUUGCGGCUGUCAGAUUGACGGUUAUCCUUUCGGAUAUCCUGUCUCAGCUGUAUACAGUUAAAGGAGUGAAAAGGCUCCAUGCCCUAGCGACUGGUGAAUGUUAUAACAUUGCUCACGGCUUCAUAGAACGCUUAGAUAGCUGGAAAGAGGAAUAUCUCACGCCUCUACUUCGCUAUGAUACGAUACAUGAUCCUACUGGGAGCUUACAGCUCGCUUACUACACGGUCGAAAUCACAUUAUGUCGCGCCAUCCUCCGUACUCCUGCUGGUGUUGAGUUCCGGCAACGCUCUGCAUCGCUUGUUUCCAGCGUCAUUGACUGGCUGAAAAACCUUCAAGUGAACCGAGUGUCGGCAUUUUGGUGGUCGGCUUCUAAGAUCAACUUCGCCAUCGCUGGCGGUUUUAUGAUCGGCAUGUUUCUCUCUGCCACCAAGGACGAGGAAGUGAACUACUGGAUCAAAGAGAUCACUACAUAUCGCAACCUGCUCAGAGCACACUCACCCAACUUUAACGUCACCAAGCUGGCGUCCAUUCGCAUGGAUCUUCUCCUCCAACGAGACAUUUCGGAUAAUACAUCAGUUAACGACGAAGACGAGGUAGAUUCAAGUGCAGCACAGCGACCUUCAGCACUAGGGCAAGGGUUGGAUGACCAAGAUCAGCAAGGAAUCAAAGACUCCGGAAUGGAUGCCGGUAAUUUAUUUUCGACUGAGACUUUACGAGAGGACUUUGCGGUUGAACCAGCAGUGGCGUUUGGUAACACGUACGGACUUGAGUGGGAUGCUGAUCUCGAUCAACUGCUUUCUGGCUUUGAUUAUCGAUUUUAA